GGCCCAGAAUCUUAAUUUUCAAAUACAGUACACAAAAAGAAUCAAACUGCGUUACUUGUUUGCACAAACUAUUCCAUAAGAGAGCAGCAGAGCACACGUGCUUUGUUGAAAUGACCGUCUACCCUGAUCUCGACGAAGCCUCGGCGUUGGCGUCUCUUCCCGGUGACGUUGACGGUUACAUCUCUAUUUGCGGUUACGGUUCCCUCCUCUCCGAGAAAAGUGCCAGGUCAACUUUUCCAAAUCUAACUAACUUCCGAACCGCCAGAUUAACCGGAUUCCGCCGUCUCUUCUCCGUAGUAGCACCUGUCUUCUUCACUCAUGGCAUCGCCAACCUUACAACUCAGGAAAUUGCUGGCCUCUCUGCUGAGCCUUGUCAAGAUGAAACAAUUAUAAUUACUGUUUUUGAUAUUAACAAAACUGAGAUUCCAGCAUUUAUUCAAAGAGAGCGUGAAUAUAGGUCUUUACCUGUUUUUCCUGAAUCACUAGAUGGGAAGCCCUUUACCAAUCCAGCAGUCCUUUGUGCAUCUUACACGGAUGAGGAGUUCUUUAAAUAUAAGUGCUUUGAAGGAAGGGAAAUAUACUUUCAACAAUAUGGAGAGUAUAAUAUACAUAAAAUUUGGCGGGAUGAUGUAUUACCAUGCCGUGUCUAUCUUCGACACUGUGUUCUGGCUGCAAAAAGCCUUGGCGAUGAAGUAUACAAUAACUUCUUGGACCAUACCUUCAUUGCUGAUCGAAAAACAACAAUACGCCAGUACUUUGAGAAAACGGCCACAGGCAUCAUGGAAGAAGAGCCUCCUGAAUCAUUAAAAGCACGUUACGGCGGUUGAUCAGAUCCAAUAGUCGACACACUUGUCGCCAAAGCUCUGACUUAUUGGCCUUUCCAUUUAUGAAUUUGAUUAUCCUCCUGUACUUUCAAUAUGUGAAAAAUAGAUGAUUGCAUUCUUUUCAAGGAUCACAUUAAAAACAUGUCCAAUAUUGAUGUGUAUGGAUACAAAAAUUGCGAACUUUCAUAAUUGGUUGUAAUAAUUCAGUACUCCUAUUGAUGUU